AUGUUUCGUUACAGUCGCAGAGCAUUCCUCGCAUUCACAAAACCCUUCUCAUCAUCAUCCCAAAACCCUUCUUUCACACUCAACUACCUCAUUCAAAACCUCGCUUUCUCUCCCGAAACCGCCUCCAAAAUCUCCACCAAACUCCAUCUCCACAACUCACAAAAACCCGAUUCAGUCCUCGCCUUUUUCAAAUCCCACGGCUUCUCAAAUUCCCACCUUUCCACUAUCAUCAAAACCUGCCCCAUUCUCCUUACUUACGACCCCUACAAAACCAUUCUCCCCAAACUCAAUUUCCUUCGACAAAAGGGCGCUUCCACUUCCGAUCUCAUCGACAUCAUCACCAAAAAUCCAAGGUUCUUAUAUCUCAGCUUGCAAAAUUCCAUCAUCCCAUAUUAUGAUUUAGUCAAAAGGUUCCUACUUUCCGAUGAAUCCACCCUCGCAUCUCUUAAAUCCCGCGUUUGCGUCAUUUAUUCCAAAACCCCAUCUCAGAAUAUUCAAUUCCUCAUUCAAAACGGGGUUCCUGAGUCUAAAGUUGCUAUUUUGUAUCGAAAUUGGAAUAUUGUACUCACUCAGAAUCCUCCCGUAUUUGAGAAGGUAGUGAUGGAACUAAUUCAAUUGGGAUUCAACCCCAAAACUACUUUUUUCAUUGUCGCAUUGCGUGCUAAGAUUAUGAAACCCAUUUGGGAAACCAAGAUUGAUGUCUAUAAGAAAUGGGGUUGGUCUGAGCAAGAUAUUGUGGCCGCAUUUUUGAGGCAUCCAUGGUGUAUGAUGGCAUCUGUGGAUAAAAUUGAGGCAGUAAUGAAGUUUUUUGUUGAUCACAUUGGUUGGGACUCGCUUGCGCUUGCGAAACGUCCAAUACUUAUUAUGAUGAGUUUGGAGAAAAGGGUUAUUCCUCGGACUUUUGUCUUGAAAUAUCUUGAAUCCAAAGGUUUGGCUAAGGAUAAAUGGAUUACACCUUUCAUGGUUUCUGAGGAUGUAUUUUUGAAGAAAUUUGUGAAUUGUUUUGAGGAAGAAGCUUCUUAUUUGUUGAAGCUGUAUGAGGAGAAAAAAGAUGUUUCACAUAAUGUUUGA